AUGGUACCAAAGAAAUCCCCGGGAUCAUGGCGCAUGUGUGUGGACUACACAAACCUCAAUCGGGCAUGCCCUAAGGAUAGCUUCCCGCUCCCGCGAAUUGAUCAAUUAAUCGACUCCACUGCUGGGUACUGGUUACUCAGUUUCAUGGAUGCGUUCAGUAGGUACAACCAAAUUCUAAUGAACCCGGCAGACGAGGAGCACACUGCUUUUACCACAGACAAAGGUCUCUAUUGCUACCAGGUCAUGCCUUUCGGGUUAAAGAAUGCAGGUGCCACUUAUCAGCGACUUGUCAACUCCAUGUUUGCGGAGGUUAUCGGUACUAUCAUGGAGGUCUACGUGGACGACAUGCUGGUAAAGAGUUUAACUCCGGAGGAUCAUGUAGCCAACUUGUCAAUCGUCUUCACCAUCAUAUUGCGCAAUGGGAUGCGGCUUAACCCACAGAAGUGCAUCUUCAGGGUAGAGGUAGGAAAGUUUCUCAGGUACAUCAUUAGCCACAGGGGAAUUGAGGCCAAUCCAGAGAAGGUGCAGGCUAUAUUAGACAUGGUGUCCCCAACCUACAGGAACGAGCACGUCGAGAUGAUAGUCUGGACAGCGGAGCACGAGGCUGCUUUCCUUGGCUUGAAGUCAAACUUGUCAGAGGUACCUCUACUCUACAAACCUGUUCCCGGAGAGAUGCUUUACCUAUAUCUGGUGGCAUCGUCAACGGCUGUGAGCUCAGUCCUGAUUAGGAAGGACUCCGAUUGUGAGUACCCAGUGUACUACACUGGAAAAGGUUACACCGGGGCAGAAUCCAGGUACCCGGACAUUGAAAGAGUGGCACUGGCUCUCCUGAAAACCAGCGGAGCCGGCAUCCUGCUAAUUAGCCCGGACGAGCAAGUCUACGAGUACGCCCUCAAGUUUGCCUUCAAAGCAUCCAACAAUGCCGCAGAGUACGAGGCACUUAUAGCAGGUCUGCAGAUCGCCCAGGAGCUAGGGGUGCAGCACCUUAGUAUCUUCAGUGAUUCUCAGUUAGUCGUAAACCAGGUCAGCGGUAACUUCGAGGCAAAGGAGCCCCACAUGUCCUCCUACCAGGCCUUGGCCCGGGCAUUAGUUCAGAGGUUUACCUCCUACAUUUUUACCCAAAUACCGAGGGCAAAAAAAGACAAGGCAGACGCCCUUGCAAAGCUCGCAUCAACUUCUCCAAACCCUACCUAUGGGGCCACCAGGGUUGAAAUACUCGCAGGACCUAGCACUUCUAAGAUGGUGUCAGAAAUAUUUGCCGUGGAUCACACAGCUUCAUGGAUGGACCCAAUUUUGAGAUACAUGGUCGACGACCUAACACCGGAUGAUAAGGUCGAGGCCAGAAGACUACAGCUAAGGGUACCGCCCAUCGCCCUUUCCAUCCUCCUUGCACCAUGGCCGUUCUGUCAGUGGGAUUUGGACCUGAUUGGUAAACUUCCCACAGCAGUGGGACAGUUCAAAUACGCCAUUGUUGCCGUGGACUACCAAACAAAGUGGAUUGAGGCAGAAACUCUCGUCGCCAUCACCACGGAAAAGGUCAAAAGCUUCCUAUGGAAGAACAUUUACUGCAGGUUUGGAGUCCCGGAUACCAUAGUCACGGACAAUGGUACCCAUUUUGACAAUGAUGAGUUGAGGGCUUACACACAGAACCUAGGCACUAGGAUCCUCUAUGCUUCCCCAGCUCACCCCCAGACCAACGGAAAGAAGAAACGUGGCACACAUGAUAACUUGGCAAACAAGCGGAGGAUAGCUCAUUACUACGAUGCCAAGGUACAGUCCCGGACAUUAAAAUUGGGGAACUGGGUCAUGAAGCAAGUCUACCCAGAGCCCCGGGGACUGGAUCCAUCCUGGACAGGCCCUUACGAGAUCAUUGAAGAGGUAGGUCCCGCAACCUUUUUCAUCCGAGACAUGAACGGGGUCGUUUCCAAGCAUCCAUGGAAUACCCAGCGCCUGCGGUAUUACUACAGGUAG